AGAUGUUUCCAGGAGGGAGGACACGGCUGCAGUGAGGAGGCGACGGAUGAGGAAGAGCUGCAAACAGGCAUAGGUCGGCGUGUAUUUCCGUUGUGGUGUGCAUGGCGGUGGCACAGAAAGUAUGGGUUAUAUUGUUGGACUUGAUCGAGCGCCACAUCGGAUGAAAGUAACAAACGAAUAUUCUCUUCAUUGUUAGUGACGCGGUCAAGUGGUGAGGCUUGCAUAGGAAGAAAUGGGCCAAAGAAGACGGCAACAAGCGCUAAUGUCGCGUUGUGAUUUCUGUGCAAUUUCUCCACACGGUUUGGUGACACAACCACGAUUUAACAAAGUUGUGGCAGCCUGCACUUUUAGAAGUUGUAUAGGGGAACACCCAUCAUUUCUCCACUUUAUUUAUUCAGAACUAUAUGUGAUCUCUCCCUAUAUAUACUUACCUUCUUUCAGGCACCACCAAGGAACCAUACAAGCUAUAGGCACCAUCCAAGUAUCAAUGGAUAACAAUACUGUGCGCGGAAGUAGGAUGAAUCCUGCCGCUGGUGACGACGACGAGGGGACAUGGUUACAUGCGUGGGGGCUCAUCACGAGCUUCGCGGUCUCCAUGACCCUGAAAGCAGCAAUCGAGCUGGGCAUCUUUGACGCGCUCAGCAACGCCGGCAGCCUUGCGAUUACGGCGGAUGAGUUAGCCGCGCGGCUCCCAACCAUGGACAAGGCUGGCGGGUUGGCUCCAGUGGACCGCAUCAUGCGGCUGCUUGCCUCCUUCGACAUCGUCAAGUGCGUGACGGAGGCAGGUCCAAGCGGCGAGGUGAUCCGGCACUACAAGCCCUCGCCGGUGUGUCGGUGGCUCAGCAGCAACCACGGUGGCCCGUCGCUGGCGCCCUACUCUAUGUUCACUACGGACCAGGACUUCUUGAUGGCCUGGUAA